UUCAUUCAUUUGAUACAUCAAUAUAGGUACUGACAAUGGAUAAGUCCCAAACAUGCUAGUUUGCAGUUUGGCAUUACUUAAGGACAUGUGGAAAUAUGUGGAUUUUUAUAUUUUUUUAUUCAUUAUUUAUAUUACAAAAGUCUGAAACUGCAAGUGAUGUAAUAGUGAAAGAAGUGGCUGCUGGACAUUUGGCUGAGCUUCCAUGCUUAAGCAUCGACGAUCAUCAUCGUUUUAUGUUUUGGCAAUUCGGAAAUAAUGAUAUCAUCGGUCCAGGGAAUCCUUUAAAUGAUAAGAAAUAUAAUUAUGAAGUGUUGACUGGCACACUUCAAAUCAGGGGGGUAUCAACAACUGAAUCUGGUUUUUACAAAUGUGUUUCAAAAGGCUUAUUGGACGAUUCGCAAUUGAAAAUUCAUUCUGUUGAAUUAAUAGUUAAAAACGAUUGGGAGAAACUUUGGGAAAAUGAUUUUGAGACAAAUUUAUUACGUGGGAUGACUGCUGUUAUGGUAUUAAUAGUUGCUGUAGCUGUCGUUCUUCUCAUUAUUACCGUUAAGAGAAACAGAAGUCAGAGAUUCUUUGAUCUAGAGGAGUCAAGAGAAAAUUCUCCAGAACGAUAUACGCCAAAUAAUGCACCUGGCGUUUCAUCAGGCGUUGAGAAUGUUGGAGCCGAUAAUCCUGUUCUCGACAUAGAUUUUCCCAAAGUGUUUCAACAAAUGCAGAAAGAACAAGCGACACCAUAGAAUAUAAUUAAUAUAUUACACAAUAGAGAAAAUUAUUUAUAUAGUAGAAUAUUCUUAACCUAGAAGGCGGUUGCGUGGGAGUUUUAAAUACUUCAAAAAUCACUGUAAUGAUAAAUUACUUAAUGUACUUAUACUGUUUUCUUAUAUAACAUUGUUUUUUAUAUUCCUUUUUGCGAAAAUGAUAUUAACAAACCACACAGCAUAUAUAAUAUGCAAUAUACUGUUAAUAACAGCGGUUUCUAAAUGAAAUCUAAAAAUAUCUCACGCAAAAUUAUGCAGUUAGAUUCAGGUCAAAUAACUUUUCGUUUUUUAUAGAUUAUUUU